AUCCACCAUUGACGACAAAAAACAAACAACAAGAAAAAUGUCAAAUCAAAUUGUUACACCAUUAUCUUUAUAUGAAAUAUCAUUGAAUCAAUUUUGUGAAUCAUUGUAUAAAUGGAGUCAACAACAGAAUAAUUCUACCAACAACAACAACAACAAUACCGGUCAAAAUAGAAAAAAUGAUAAAAAUAAUAACAACAACAACAGUGCAAAUGGUCAUUCAUGGUCAAGAUUGAUUGCAAAUCGUGACGGACAACAACAACAACGACAAAAUUCAAUAAAUUUAAUAUUUUCAAGUUUAAAUCCAUCAUCAACAUCAACAUCAUCAUAUCGUCAAUCAUCACAAUGGUUAUUAUCAUCAAGGCCAUCAUCAACAGAUAAUCUACCAUUAGCAACCGCCAUCACAACAACAACAACAACUAACCAAAAUAAUCAUACUUUUAAUCAUAAUCUGGAUGAUAAAAUUAAUUCGUUUAAAAAAUCUUGUCAUAAUUUGUUGGGUACAAUAUUUGGCCGUAAAUCAUUUGAAUCAUUGGAAGAAGAUACGACAAUACGACUAAAACAACAACAACAACAAUUGGUCAAAGAUGAUCAAAAUGGUGAUGAGGAUGAGGAUGAUGAUGAUUAUGAAGAAGAAUUAUCAUUCAUUAGAAAUUAUUAUCGAUUAACAGAAAAUAUCUGUCAAGAUAUAAUACGUAAAUAUCAACAAUUAUAUAAAUUGAAUGAUCGUACAUUAUCAUUUCCAUUGUUUGAUGGUGAUAUAAAUACAAUAACAACAUUUCAAAUUGAAGAUGCAACAUUAAUAACGGUUGAUGGAUUGAAAGCAUUGAAAAAACAUAAUCUUAAUCGGAUAAAAAUGUCACGCUUGAUGAAUUGUACAAUUACCGAAUUGAUUAAUAAUCUAUCACCAUGGUCAAUAUGGAAUUUGGAAUCAUUUAGUGUUCCACAUUGUUCAUUGACAAAAUUUAAUAAAAUUUGUAUAAUUUUAUCAUUAACAAGAUUAACAAAUCUUGUUCAUUUGGAUGUUUCAUAUACAUCAUUCAAUAAUCAAUGUUUGGAAAUAAUUACCGAUCAUUUAGUUCAUUUAAAAUCAUUAGAUUUAACUGCAACAAAAUUAACACUUUUAAAACCAUUAUGUAAAUUAACUGAAUUGAAUCGUUUAAAUCUGCAUAAUGUUUCACAUACAUGUAAAGAUGAAUAUAUUUUGGGAAAUCUUCAUACUCUUGAAUAUUUAGACAUAUCGGAUGAACGUUUUUCUAUUGAACCAGAACGUUAUUAUAGUUAUGAUCAUUUGGCGGAUUUUUUUCCCAAAUUCAUACAAUUUGAACGAUUAAUCGAAUUGGAUAUAUCUGGUCGUCAUAUAUCACCAUCAUUAGUUUUUCAAUUGAUUCGACAACGUUUAAUAAAACAUAAAGAAAAUUCAAAUUAUCGUCCAUUAAAAUUUAUUGGUCUCAUGUCAACUGAAUUUACAUUUACACAAAUGUUUAAUCUGGAUACAAGAACAUCAGGACGUUUAAUGAUUACCGGUACUGGAAAAUUAAUACAUGUUAUUAAUUCAUUAUUACGUUAUCGUAAUCGGCCAAUAUUUAUACAGAAAGCAUUAAUUUGUUUAUGUCAAUAUGCAUUUUCGGAUAAUGUUGAUCAAUAUCAUUAUAAUCAUCAUAAUAAUCAUCAACAACAACAACAUUCACAUCAUUCUAAUGAUCAAGAUCAACCUGAAAAUGAAGAAAUUGAUAUAUUUUCUUCAAAUUUUUUCAAUAGAUUAAAUGAUGAUAAUGAUAAUUAUGAAUAUAAUGAUAGUAUUGAUAAUCGUGAAAUAUUAGCUGCUGAAAGUCGUUUACAACCAAAUGAAAUUCAACCAUAUCGAUCUUCAUUAAUCAUAUUGAUUAUUGAUCUUAUGGAAAGACAUAUGAAAAAUGCACAGUUAAUACUAUUUUCAAGUGGUCAUCUUUAUCAUUUUACAAAAAAUUGUCCAAAUUUACAUCCAUAUAUUUUACGUAAAGUAAUUAAUAUUUGUAUUGAAACAAUCAAACAUCAUCCAUCGGAUCAUCAAAUUAUAAAAAAUAUUUUAUUAACAAUGAGUUCCGAUCGUAUAUUACAAGAUAUAACAUUUGAUCGUUAUACAUGUAUACGUUUAGUAAUGGAUACAUUAUUUACAUUUCAAGAUUUAUCAAUAAAUCGUUUAGCAUUAGCUAUUUGUGCAAUAUUAGCUGCAAAAAUACCAAUUGUUGAAAAUGCAUUAUUAGAUUCACAACCAUUAUAUUUAAAACGUUUAUUAGAUUUAGUUGAAAAAAGUUAUUGUGAAAAUACACCAAAUAGUGAAUUAAUAUUAAAAUUAUCAUUAUCAGCAUUAUGGAAUUUUACCGAUGAAGCACCAAAAACAUGUGAAACAUUUAUUAAUAAUGAUGGUAUUGAACUUUAUAUGGAUAUUUUGAUUCUUUAUCAAGGUAAAAGCAAUAUUGAAACUAAAAUACUAGGACUUUUAAAUAAUAUUGCCGAAGUAUUACAUUUACGUUUACAUUUGAUACAACCGAAAUUGUUACAUCAAUUAAGAAAAUUGAUUUAUUCGGAUCAAAUUGAUGUUAGCUAUUUUGCUAUAGGAAUUUUAGCACAGUUAGCAUCUGAUAAUCAUUUAGAUUGGACAUAUGUUGAUGAUUUUGAUAUGGAUCAAAUGUUACAACAAAUGUUAAAUCAAAUACAAUCAUGGCCAAAUCCAUCAUUCGAAAUGGUUGCUUAUCGUUCAUUUGAACCAUUCAUAUCAUUGCUGGACAAUGAUCGUCAUGAAUCUAUUUCAUUAUGGGCAUUAUGGGCUAUACAUCAUGUUUGUACUAAAAAUCCAAAUAAAUAUUGUCGAAUGUUGUAUGAUGAAAAAUGUAUUACAAAAAUAAUUAACAUUCUUUUUGAACGUUUACAUCAACAAUAUCGAAUCGAUUGUCAACAACAACAACGACAAUUAUCUCAUCGUUUAAUCAAUUUAGUAACCGUUGUUGAUGAUGAAUUUCAAAUCCUAUGUAAAGCACGUACCAAUUGGAAUUGUUAUGAUCGUCAUCAAUGGAAUAUUGUUAUUGAAAAAUCAUCAUCAUCGAAUAAUGAAUCGAAUCAAUUAUCACAACUAAUGGAAUGUCAAACAACUGUAUCAUCGGAAGAAAGGCCACCGUCCACACCUACAACAACAAUUGAUGGAUGUGAUUGUUUACUUAAAUAUUUAUUGGAUAAUGAUCCAUCAAUACGAUUACCAUCAAUCAUAUUGAAAUCAUUUCAUUGUUUUUCACCAAUUCCGCUCAAUCUAUGAUCAUCAAUUAUUAUCAUUUGCAUUACACUGAAAUUCUAUUCUUUCGAUCUCAUUCAAUGUAUAUUCAUAAUAAUCUAAUGCAAUACUCUAAUUUCUGGGGCUUGUUUUUUUCUUGGUUUGGUAUGGCUUUUAUUCUAUUUGUUUUUUGUUCUGUUUUUUUUCCUGUUCACAUUUAAUUUUUGUUUUAUCCUUUGUUUUGUUUGUUUUUUGUCGUGCAAUCAAAUUGUUUCUCCACAUUUUUAAAGAUAUUUAAUAUCUCUAUGAAUUGUUAACUGAGUAAAGUUGUCUGAGUAUAUUGGAUUUUAUUUAAUAA